AAACCACUGAACUGUAUAGUUCAGUGUCAGACACUGACAAAAUCUCUUGGACGAGUCGCAGAACCGAAAACAUCCGAUCUACAGCAUGCCGGGCAGAAGCAGCUCGAGCAGCAGGGGGGUAAAGAGGGAGAGAGACCACGGAGAGUUCGAGCCAGAAGCUGCAGAAGAAACGGUGAAGGAGGAAGGAGGUGGCGGGGAAGAGGUUUCUGACGGGGAGGACACCGCCAGGACCACCAGGAAGAAGUUUGAAGUGUUUUCAGAAGCAGAGGAAGAAAAUUUGGCCGAAUGGUUUAGAAGUCAUCCUUUAUUCUAUGAUCAAACAGUAAAGGACUUCAAGAAUCGCCAGAAGAAAGACAGGCUGCUGAAAGAGAAGGGCAAAGAGCUGCGGGUCAGCGGGUCUGACAUAAUGGUUUGGUUUAAGUCCAAGCGCACUGUGUUUGGCCGACUCAAGAAGAAGAAGGAGAGUGGUGAGGGCACCAAGAGGUGGACGGCCAGGCAACGGUGGAUCAUGGCAGCAUUCCAGUUCCUGGCAUCGCACGUUAUCCUGCGUAGUGAAAGCAGGCAAGUGGGCUGGCCUCCCGUCACAGAGGAGGAGGACGACAACAACAUUGAUGAAGAAGGUCCAACACCACCAGUCUCCCUUUCUAACAAGGAUACCCAGGACGCACCACAUGCACUGGCUCCCGAAUUUGUCAGGUCAGUCACAUCCCAAAGUCAGAGGGUGAAUGGUGGGAAAACCCAAAAGGAGCUUGAGAUGCCCGUGACCAAACUCUCUGGAAAUUCAAUGGGGGCCCAGCAGCUGCAGCAACAAGUCGAUGAGGUGAUAAGGGGCGCUGCCAAUCAGAGGUCGGUAUGGGGGCAGUGGAUGGCAUCUGCUCUCAUGAAUGUGUCAGAUGACUUAUGGGACAGCUUCCAACUCGAGUCCCUCCAGUUAAUACAGAGGUACAUUAAGAUGAGUCGAGCGGCUUUCGAAUAAGUUU